UGAAGACUGCAGAAAUUUGUCAGAAUCGGCAUUAUUCGAGGAGCUAAUAAAAAGCCCUGGGAAAAGUUGAAUCGGUGUCGCGUAUGCAUUAGGAUUUAGAGCCCAUCAGGGCCGGGCCGCCUUCCAGCUCCGCUGCGCGAAGUUGAGCGUCUGACAGCAGCGCGGCGGCCUCCCCCGCCCGCCAGGAAUGGUCUCUUCCUGCUUUGCAUAUUCACCACGCUUGGCCCGGCCAUAUGGGAAAAUGCAACUGAAGGAAUUGUUGUGAAAAAAGGGACAGCGAGUUUGAAAUAAAAGUUGUUAGAGUGGUACUGAGGAGAAAAAAGAAUCCGAGACCAUGUACUGCGCAUACACAAUCCCGGGCAUGGGCGGCAACUCUUUGAUGUACUACUAUAAUGGGAAAGCGGUUUAUGCUCCAUCAGCAAGCACUGCCGACUACAAUAGGGACUCGCCAGGCUACCCUUCCUCAAAACCAGCAGCCAGCACUUUUCCCAGCUCCUUCUUCAUGCAAGAUGGUCAUCACAGCAGUGACCCUUGGAGCUCCUCCAGUGGGAUGAAUCAGCCUGGCUACGGAGGAAUGCUGGGCAAUUCUUCUCAUAUUCCACAGUCUAGCAGCUACUGUAGCCUGCACCCACACGAACGUUUGAGCUACCCAUCACACUCCUCAGCAGACAUCAAUUCCAGUCUUCCUCCAAUGUCCACUUUCCACCGUAGUGGUACCAACCAUUACAGCACCUCUUCCUGUACGCCUCCUGCCAACGGGACAGACAGUAUAAUGGCAAAUAGAGGAAGCGGAGCAGCAGGCAGCUCCCAGACUGGAGAUGCUCUGGGGAAAGCACUUGCUUCGAUCUAUUCUCCAGAUCACACUAACAACAGCUUUUCAUCAAACCCUUCAACUCCUGUUGGCUCCCCUCCUUCUCUCUCAGCAGGUACAGCUGUUUGGUCGAGGAACGGAGGACAGGCCUCAUCAUCUCCUAACUAUGAAGGACCCUUGCACUCCUUGCAAAGCCGAAUUGAAGAUCGUUUAGAAAGACUGGAUGAUGCUAUUCAUGUUCUCCGGAAUCAUGCAGUGGGCCCAUCCACAGCUAUGCCUGGUGGUCAUGGGGACAUGCAUGGGAUCAUUGGACCUUCUCAUAAUGGAGCAAUGGGUGGUCUGGGCUCAGGGUAUGGAACCGGUCUUCUUUCAGCCAACAGACAUUCACUCAUGGUUGGGGCCCACCGCGAAGACAGCGUGGCCCUGAGAGGCAGCCAUUCUCUUGUGCCAAACCAGGUUCCGGUCCCGCAGCUCCCUGUCCAGUCGGCAACCUCCCCUGACCUGAACCCACCCCAGGACCCCUACAGAGGCAUGCCACCAGGAUUGCAGGGCCAGAGCGUCUCCUCCGGCAGCUCUGAGAUCAAAUCCGACGAUGAGGGCGAUGAGAACCUGCAAGACACGAAAUCUUCCGAGGACAAGAAAUUAGAUGACGACAAGAAGGAUAUCAAAUCAAUUACUAGGUCAAGAUCUAGCAAUAAUGACGACGAGGACCUGACACCGGAGCAGAAGGCAGAGCGUGAGAAGGAGCGGAGGAUGGCCAACAACGCCCGCGAGCGCCUGCGGGUCCGGGACAUCAACGAGGCUUUCAAGGAGCUGGGCCGCAUGGUGCAGCUCCACCUCAAGAGUGACAAGCCGCAGACCAAGCUCCUGAUCCUCCACCAGGCUGUGGCCGUCAUCCUCAGCCUGGAGCAGCAGGUCCGAGAGAGAAACCUGAACCCGAAAGCCGCGUGUCUGAAAAGGAGGGAGGAGGAGAAGGUGUCCUCAGAGCCACCCCCGCUCUCCUUGGCGGGCCCGCACCCUGGGAUGGGCGACGCGUCGAACCACAUGGGACAGAUGUGAAAGGGUCCAAGCUGCCACGUUGCUUCGUUAAUACAAGAGACCACUUCCGUAACAGCUGUAUUAUCUUAAACCCACAUAAACACUUCUCCUUAACCCCUUUUUUUGUAAUAUAAGACAAGUCUGAGUAGUUACGAAUCGCAGACGCAAGAGGUUUCAGCAUUCCCAAUUAUCAAAAAACCGAAAAACAAACAAAAAAAAAAGAAAGAAAAAAGUGCAGCUUGAGGGAUGCCUCUCUAACAUAUCACUCAGAACGUGCAAGGCGGUGUGAGCAGGCUGGGGCGCAGCCCAGAGACUGAACGGCAAUCUUUCCACACUGUGGAACAAUGCAUUUGUGCCUAAACUUCUUUUGGAAAAAAAAAAUAUAAUUAAUUUGUAAGUCUGAAAAAAAUAUUUAAUUUAAAAAUUGUAAACUUGCAAUAAUGAAAAAGUGUACUUCUGAAGCAAACUACAUGAACGAACGUUUUCGUUGGUAUUCGAGUCAGCUGUGUUUGUAAUUACUGGAUAGCGAGUGAGGGAGCUCGGCUGCCCUAGUAACAAAACCAGCAAACGUCCUGAUGACAGCGAGGUGAUGACAUUAGCCAUUCCUUAGGGUAGGAGGAACAGAUGGAUCUUAUAGACCUAUGACAAAUAUAUAUAUAAAUAUAUAUAUAAAUAUAUAUUAAAAAUUUAGUGACUAUGGUAAGCUUUUGUUCAUUUGUUUCAGACUUUUUUCUCCUGUAAAAAAAUAGUACUGAUUAACUUUUUUAAAAGAAAGAUUUUACUGUAAAUACGGAUUUUUUUGGGGGGGGGUCUUAUUUCUGUCCCUUCUUCCCGGUUUGUUAUCGUAACCUGUAGUGCCAACUCUGCUUCCGGAGGGGUGGUAGUGCAGGAUGAAAUGCUGACCCUGAUGUUGCUUUCCAUUCAUAAAUAAGUAGAAAGUUGUUUCUCCAGUCUUUUGGGAACACAGGACUUAAAAGUCACAUCAUGUGUAGAUAUUACAAGCAGCAUUACUAAGACAUGGCAAAAGGAGUUUGUCUGAAUUGUAAUGUUGCGUGUGUGACCCUCUUCUGGGAUUUUUCAGAGGUACAAGGUUAGAAUGCUACAAUGUUACCACUGUGCCUUCCAAUGUUUAUAUCAUCGGAAACAUAACAUAAUCAAAGUGGCUGUGAUUUAACAAAAUGAUUAAAGUGUUACCUACAUGUGUAGCCGAAGUAGUGUGCAGUGAGGCGUUUCUGAAUACAUGGUCAGAUUUUUGGAAAAAAACAAAAACAAAAAAAAGUAAAGUUCAAAAACCAUCAAAGAAAAUUGCAAGUAGUGUGACAGAGCUGAUUGAUUUUGUUGCUUUCUUGAUUUUUUUUUCAAAAUGGGUUUACUAAGAUGUAGAUGAUUUAACUGCCUCCUCCUUUGUCUGAAAAAUGCCAAUAUUCAAUCAUCAUGCAGCAUUAUAACAAGCCUUAUAAGUCCUAAAGCAUUAAGUUGCACUUUCUUGAGGAGGGGUAGUGCAGUAUUUCUCUGGCCAGUAUGAAUGAAGUUUAUACUUAACAUAUUUGAUAGAAACAUAGAUCAAGCUAUGGCACAGCAACUCAUCAGAUAGCUAGCUUUGACGUCUGGGCACAAUUGAACCAACUUCCAUCGUGAAUCUUUAUAAUGAUUGACUUUGGUGUAUAGUGCAGUAAACAAAUAGUGCUCCUAGUUAAGUAUUUGUCAGCAUCCUUUUGUCUCUAACUCGUUUCUAUUUUUGCAGCCACACAAUCUUGGCAUGUAUUAAGAAAAAAAAAAUCCCUGUUCAAGUAGUUUUUUCCACCUAUCAGCACUGAGUAAAUGCCAUAAAUCCAUCAAAAUGGUCUAAAUGUUCCAUCUGUCCUCCUGUUUUGCCAGUUAUAUAGUAAUGAAAUACAUUUGUAAAUUUUAUGCAACAAACAGCAAACGUAUCAUUAUUUUGAAAUUGUGUAUGUAAAAGUUAUAUUUUUACACGUAGACUCUUGUUAUUAUGUGUUUUAAUACAUUGUAUUUGUUUUUGUUUUUAAACUGUGUGGUUUAAAAAAAAAAGUCUCAUUUAAAUGAAAUAGUGAGCUAAAAGAAUCUGAAUUUUAUGUUCAUUUCUGAAAAUGUAAGAACAAAUAAGAUAGUUACCACGUGGUCAUCUUUUACAAACCCAUAAACAUUUUGAUUAGCUGUGUGUGUGUUGAAAACUGUAAAUAUGUUCAGUAGUGAUAAAACUAAAAUACUUUGAUUUGUUGGUAAGUUCCUAAAAUGUGGAGGUGGAUUAAAACCUUAAGAGAAAUAGCAGAAAUCAGACUUCAUGAAAAGUUAUUUUGAGGCUUUCCUGGGACAUGUAUGAACAAAGAGGCUCAAGGAAGGGCAUGGGAGACAGUGUGCACGCCCCCUCCUCUGAAUGAUGGAAACCAUGUGUGUCUGUUCCCUCGGUGUGUAAAGACUUCCUUUCAGUGGUACACUCUGCACUCCCUCUGUGUAGUCUACCAAGGCGGGUAUCCCUAGGAACAGUGUCUAGGAAGCAGGUAUGCUUUGUCACAUUCAGGAUAAGUGUAGAGGAAACACGGUGUUUACUCGUUAGGGAACUGGAAACACUCCCUGCAUUGAUGUACAUUUUAAGAAUGGCACUUUUGAUACAUGUAUCAUAAAGGUGCUUACUAGAGCUGAUUUAAAGGUUUUCAAAUCUGUAAGCAGAGCAAAAAAUUAAAUGGUAGUUAUUUGAUUAUUUUUUAAAUUGGUGCUUUAUAUUUCGUUCUCAAACAGUAAAAGCUGCAAUGUAUUGCUCACCAGCUUGGAUGUAUUCAUUACUCGGUAAUGCGAUACCUCUAUUGUUGAAUUCCCUUCGGAAAUGAGCGGAAAACUUUCUAAGGGCCACCGAAAGCUGCUCGCUGCUUUUUGCUUGGUGGAGAAACAUGGUCUGCACCUACCCACAGUAACUGGGUGGUUUCCCCAUUCGAGACAGGAGGAAAAGGUGAAAGGGAAUGUGGCCUUUUUAGUGUGUUUCUCGUUGUUUUGUAAAUUGUCACACCCAGGUAAGAUAUUGGUAUCCUGUGCUGGAUUUUUCGAAUGGCGUUUAGCGGAAGGCAGCUAGGAUUAAAGAGCUCCACAGACGUGCGUAGGGCCCUUCCUCCGCUGUCUACAGGACGGCGCGUGGGCC